CGGUGGGUAGGUGCAGGCUGGGGCUGCUGCAGUGUGGGGCAUCAGUCGGUGCGGUUCACACGCUGGAUAAAGGAUUUACCCGCGGAGCUCCGACUCAGAAAGCGGAGACAUCGAUUAAUCUGCGUGUUUGGUGGACUGAAUACUGACCACGUUCACUGGAGCUCCAGAAACUAACAGAGAACCAGAGAGAGAGAGGAGCCAGACUGGAGCAUGAGCGCGGCGGACACGGGCAAUCACAGCGGCUGGGUCGAGUAGCAUAGCCCGGCUGAACAUGAAGAUCAGACGGCUGAUGGAUCUCCAGGACUAGCUCGAAAACAACAGCAGGAAUAGGGGAUUUAUCCGGCCGACUGCAGAGCCUUCAAUUCGGGUGAGAAUGGCCGCCGUAGUGAAUUACUCUCCACCAUGGUGGGUCAACCUUCUUCAUCGCCUUCCUCACUUCAACCUGCAGUUUGAGCAAACCAGCAGUGAUUUCCGACCUGAGGAUUCAUCCUACCAACAGUCUAUUCUGCUUCUGGGUGGUGUGGCUCUGGCCUGUCUGGCGCUGGACCUCCUCUUCCUCCUCUUCUACUCCUUCUGGCUCUGCUGCCGUCGCAAAAAGAGUGAAGAACAGCCCAAUGCAGACUGCUGCUGCACUGCCUGGUGCGUCAUCAUCGCCACCCUCGUCUGCAGCGCUGGCAUUGCUGUCGGUUUCUAUGGGAAUGGAGAGACCUGCGAUGGAGUGAACCGGCUCACCUACUCGCUGCGCCAUGCCAACCGCACGGUGGCCGGGGUACAGAGACUGGUAACAGACAGCACCACGUCCCUGAAUCAGACUGUAGAUGAGAAUUUGCAGCGUUUGGAGACCCAGUACUCCAAGCACACAGACUACCUGUCCAUCGUACAGAAGCUCCAGGGCCAGCUGGACGAGCUGGUCAAACAGAUGGUGGAGAUCCCCUUCUGGAACAAUCCCAGCAUCUCCCUGGAGGACCUGGCCGUCAAGAUCGAACUCUAUGACUGGUACAGGUGGCUGGGCUAUCUGGGGCUGCUGUUGUUUGACGUGCUCAUCUGCCUGCUGGUGCUCUUCGGCCUCAUUCGCAACUCUAAAGGAACUCUGAUUGGGGUCUGUUUACUGGGAGUGUUGGCACUGGUGAUCAGCUGGGGAUCACUGGGUUUGGAACUGGCUGUCUCCUCGACUUCCAGCGAUUUUUGCGUGGCGCCAGACAUGUACGUCUCCAAAGUGGCCGAGCAGUACGGAGUCAUCAACAAAGAUAUCCUGCAAUAUUACCUCCAGUGCAGUGUGGGCCAGGCCAAUCCAUUCCAGCAGAAGCUGUCCGGAAGCCACAAGGCUCUGGUGGAGAUGCAGGACGAUGUGUCAGAGCUCCUGCGGUCUGCAGUGCGAGACUACCCACAAACCAAGGGCAAUCUGGAGCAGGUUCAGGGGGUUUUGAACACCACUGAAAUUGGGCUGCAUCAGCUGACCGCUCUAGUGGACUGCCGCAGUCUGCACAUGGACUAUGUGCAGGCGAUGACUGGACUCUGCUAUGAUGGUCUGGAAGGUCUGAUCUACCUGGUGCUCUUCUCCUUCGUCACUGCUCUCAUGUUCAGCUCCAUCGUCUGCAGUGUGCCGCACACAUGGCAGGGCAGGAGGCCUGAUGAGGACGGUGAGGAAGACUCUGGGGCUGCCGGAGGAAGGCAGAACCAUGAUAACCUAUACAGAGUGCACAUGCCCAGCCUGUAUAGCUGUGGCAGCAGCUAUGGCAGUGAGACCAGCAUCCCUGCAGCAGCACACACCGUCAGCAAUGCUCCCGUUACCGAGUACAUCUUCAGGCCCCCGGAGAGGCCUGGCCGCCCCAGUGAACUAGGCACUGCUGGCCCGCAGCAGCUGCUCCCCUCCAGCUAUGGCCCCGCACGCAGGAGAGGAGGUGAGCUACCAGCAGGGGGAGCCAGAGCUCAGACUCACAGAGUGAACGCAACCCACACAGAGAUAGAAAGAGACCAUUUGCCUACAACUCCUCUCUGCUCUGGCAGGACACAGAAUGCAAACUUCCAGAACCCCCGCUGUGAGAACACUCCUCUCAUUGGGAGAGAGUCACCCCCUCCCUCUUACACGUCCAGUAUGAGGGCCAAGUACCUUGCCAACGCCCGACCAGAACCCAACAACACCUCUGCAGCAGCACAUUAAAGAAGCACUGGGUCAUCUCCUAAUAUCACAUCCCACUCUUCCACACGUAUUUACACACACACAAACAAACACACACUCACAGAUGUGCCCCUGUUUCCACGGCCCAAAAAGAUCCAGACUUCAAACUCCAACCUUCAGCCUCCAGGACCCACCCAGACUGGCCUCAUCCCCCCUCAAGCCCACCCAGCACUGGCUCCUUUUUGAUGUGUGUUGGCAGAUCCCAGUCAACAAUCAACACACAGCACCCACCAACCAACGUCCUCGCCUCCUGAAAACACACUCACUGCUGUUUACAGAUGGCUGACCACAGUCCAUCCAGAGCCCAGCGGCAGAGCAGUGGGUUACUUUUGACGAGCGCGUGGGUUGGUGUUUGUUUUUGUAUACGUAUGUAUAAAUGUGUGGAUGUACACAUGUACACGUGUGUAUUAGUCUGUGCUGCCCUUGCUUUUUUGUGGUGCUGUUGUUGCCAGAGGACCCCUAAAGCCCUGCUGCUGAAAGUACAAGCCAGAGGGGGUGACUGGGGCUCGGUUCACAUCACAUUCCUAUUCCUGCGUAACGUCUGCUGUACUGUUACAACCUCUUAGUCAUAUAUAUAUAUAUAGGGAUGCACCAAAACUAAGCAAAAUGACACCUUUAUACUGAACACGUUUUAUCUUUUUUUAGUCCCUUUUUUGUUUUUAAUAUUGCAUAAAUUUCUCACUCCACUCUCACUGCAGCAAAAAAGUUCUUCUGUCAAAAUCAUCAAAAUUGGAUCAAAAUUAAACAUUUGGACGAAUAUCCAAUAUGCUUUCACACAGAUAUUUAUUCAUUUAUUACUUUAAUUAUUCAUCAUUGCACGAAUAAAAUAUACCAGAUGUCUUUUUGUUUUGCUUUUCAAAGAAAAAGCAAUAACAAAACUAUUACUUAUUGAACAUCCCAGCUGGUUGCCAUUUGGAUGCGUCAUCAAAAAUGCCAUUUUGGUGUGGUCACGUUUGGUAUUAAUUAUUAAUUGCAGUUAUCUUUUUCACCAGAUUUUUUCUCUUUUCUGGUUGCUUGCAGAAUAUUUAGUGCAUCCUUAAUAUGUAUGCUUAUAUUAGCGAUGCACCAAAAUGACCAUAAGGGAACAGAAUAAAAACAUUUUUCCUGAAUACCAAACUUUUUUUUACAGGUUUUCAUUAUUUUGCCACUUCUUUCAUUGUUGCAGAAAUUAAAUUACCUAAAAAUAUUUUGUCUUGCUUUUUAAAGAAAAAGCAAUUACAAAACUAUUAUAUAUUAAACACUGACCAUUUUGUAUGGAUUUGGAUGAUUUAAGCAUGUCAUAAUUGCACUGUAUACUGUUGUAUUCUGUCUUUUCACUUACUUGGCCCAAAAAAAGUUUUGGUUUAUCCCUUAUAUAUGUGGUUUCUUAUUUCUGACAUGCGCCGGUGACGUCCCUCAGACUCCACAGCAGGCAGCAGGUAUCUGUGUGCUCUUAGGGGUCGAGUCAAAAAAGCUGACGUCAACUUUUUUUGCAAUACUCUCUACGAAUUGCCAGACUGGUGUGAACAAAGUGUGUUUUUAACUUCACUGAUGCAGUGGUGCUAGAUAUCCUAACGAAAUCUGAAACCUGAGAAGAAUACUGCCAUUCUGUAUGUUUUUGUGGAAAGGGAAAAAUAUAGUAGCAAUAGUGAGCUUUGGUGGGGGUGAAGAGCGGGCUUGGGUUUUAGCUGUAGUUUAACCUUUCAGUGUCAGCUCUGAUUUAGGCUGGGUUAGCGUUGAUAUAAAGCGUUUGUGGCCAACUUUGGAAAGCCCCUGUUUAUGUAUGUAUGUUUGUCCUUCUUGUUUUCCACCACACGGACUGCAAACGACUAUAAACGACCUCUCUGAGGUCUCUGGCAUGGGCCAGAUGAGGCCAAGAUGGUCGUCUUCUUCACCCAUGCUGGAAUACUGGCAACAACACUGGUGGAAAGCCUCCAGAUAAGAGUUGAACUCAGCUGUGUUGGAUUACAUGACCACAAACUGGCAUAUAAUUUCAGUUCAGAGUGCUAUUUGUACUUUGUGCUAUUCAGCUGAAUCCACUUAUCUGACAUAUCUUACCCACUGGAAGGCAAGCUCAAGAUAGCCUCAGCCAGUGUUGAACUUUGAGCUGAGCUGGAUCUUGACUGCAUUCAUCGUAUCUUCUCUGGGGACCACACUUAAAAUGUGAUAUUUUGCUCUUCUUACAUGUCUCUGCCUACGGAAAUAACAGGUCUAUGGGUUAUCUAUGGAUUGUUACAUUUGUCUUGCAUGCUUGCAGAUGUUCUCCCUCUUUAGGAGGGUUUGUCCAUGAAAAACGUGUCACCACUGUUGUUUAAAAGAAAAAAGAAAAAAAAAGAAAAAGAGUAUUAAACAAUGAAGCGUACUUGAGAACUACUCUGUACUGUACUGUACACCAACUAUGAACUGAAGGCCAGACUCACAGACUGCUGAGUAAGCUUGGACACAGACGUAAAGACUCUAUGCUGUCCAGGUUUGGAUUUCUUUCCUCCUCUGUGAAGCAGUAUGGACUCAAGGAGGUGAAAAAACACGUCAACUAUCCAAUAUCUCCAGGCCCACAAAGCAAGCAAGCUCUCCACAACACCAGGGCACCAUUGCAUAAGAUCAUGGUCCAAACCUUGAAGGAGUACAGAUCUUGGAGAUUUUGGAACCUUGGAUCGCCAAGGUCGCAUCUAUCUAGUAGUAGUAAUUAUUAUGCCAUUUCUUGACCGUAUCUUUUCCUGGAUCAGCCCUUCUAUUUCCGACAUGCUCUUUACAUAUAUAUUCAUAUACAGAUGAACUUCUGGUUGCAAUCCUCAGACCAGACAACAUCUGGUCCAAGGAGAACGUGCCAUAUGUAAAAUAUAGGAAGUGAGCGCCAACCCUUCAGAAGACCCCAGAAGAGGUCCCAUACACAAUUAUGCACACACAUAAUGCUAUAGGAGGCACUAGCACAGCGGUUCUCAAUGUUUUUAAAAACCAAGUACCACCCGUGUUCAAAGAAUAAAGCUUCCAUGUUUUCCUGGUCAAUGCUGUGUACCUCUCAGAAAGCUUGAGACAAUUGUGAGACAUUGUAGUGAAAUACAGUGUCUACAUUGCAUCCUCUUGAACCAUUGGCUAUUUAGCUAUUAAUUCUGAAGCAGAAAUAUUGUGAAUUGUACCAUUCGACAGGGCCUAUGAAACUGUUAAAAGCAAGUACAGAACUGUAGUUACAAGAGUGAAAAUCUGAAGUUUGGGCUUAAAUACAGAUUUAAUACUUCGGGAUGCUAUGCAUACCACCAGCUUAAGAACCACUGCACUAGUCUAUAUCUCUCCUCUGCCCUGCUCUAGCCUCACACUGAUGAAGGCAGCUAGGAUGGCGAUCUCCAGCAGUGAGCAAGAACUGAACAAAUCCAAUAAGUAGUCCCUGCUACAGACCAUCGCCAUCCAAGCUGCCUUGAAUUUACUUCCCAAGAAUCCCAGAACUGCAGUUUCAACAGCAGUGUGGUGUGCAUAUUGUGAAAAGACAAAGCUAGCAGAGCUAACAAAGCUUAUGUUCCUGGAGGUCCUGAGGUUGUGGUUCCUCAGGAGAGAACAUGUUAAUAGGGAAAACUGUCAAAGGGAAAAUAUAGGACUCGAACUUAAAGACUUCUUAAGGAAAAAAAGCCUGGGUUAAUUGUGUCAUUAUCUCCUAACCUGAACAUCUCGCUUUCUGGACUGUGUGACCUUCGUUGAUUUCCUUCUCUGAGGCAUGGUGACCUUUCAAUGUGGAGUGUGAAGUGUUCUCGUGUGCUACUGAUGCUUGCAUUGGGUUUCUUGAUGGAUGCUUUUAUCGCGAUCAAACACCGAGGCGAGGUUCCUCGACUGUGCCAACAACCAAACCAUGACUCUUCGACUCUUCUUCCUCGUAAUCUUUUAAAUGUUUCACAUCUUUUAAAUGGGCCUUUUUUUGUACAUUCACACAGCUCUGCCUGGCCUGAGCGACCAAACUACUCACCUGUGAACAUGAGCCCAAUGUUUUACGAAUUGUACUUUUUUCGUUUUUCUAUGUGAAUGACCAUUUGUUAGUGAGGCAAUAUAUAUUUUUUGUUUUUUGUUUCUGUUUCUACAUCAGCAUACUCUUAAUAUCGUAUUGCUAUACCGACCAAUGUAUAUACCAUAUAUAAUACGAAAAGAUGCAAAAUGAAUAAAAAAUGGCUUCAAGUGUCAAGGACAUUGAAUUUGCAAUACCAUAGUGCGAACUGUCUCACUUCUCAUCUCAUUUUAUUUUUAACUUUUUUUUUUUUCAAUUUCUAGUCUUUGGCAGGUUUUUAGGAUGAUUAGUAAGCACAAAAGAUGAUCUUUUGUCUCAAGUGAAUAAAUGAGUUUGGUAGCUCAUUGAAUUGUUUUGAUAAAACUUCACUGUAGAAUUCCUUCUUUGACUUUGUUUUAUUAUUUUACUUUUUUGCAUUUACUAAAAAAUCUGUACAUGUUAAACCUGUGGUUUUAUUGAGCUUGAACUCAGUGUUUUCAGAUUAAAGUACAUUAACUGAUGACCCA